AGGGCCCGGGCCCAGCACAUUGUACCCUGUACCAUAUCUCAGCUGCUUUCUGCCACUCUCAUUGAUGAAGUGUUCAAAAUUGGGCAUGUUGAAAUUUCACAGGUCACGAUCGUGGGGAUAAUCAGACAUGCCGAGAAGGCGCCAACCAACAUUGUUUACAAAGUAGAUGACAUGACAGCUGCGCCUAUGGAUGUCCGCCAGUGGGUUGACACAGAUGACGCCAGCGGUGAGAACACUGUGGUUCCUCCAGACACAUAUGUGAAAGUGGCUGGCCAUCUGCGAUCUUUUCAGAACAAGAAGAGCCUGGUAGCCUUUAAGAUCAUGCCCUUGGAGGAUAUGAACGAGUUCACCACACACAUUCUGGAAGUGGUCAACGCACACAUGACGCUGAGCAGCCCCAGCAAGCAGCCCGCAGCAGGGAGAGCAGCAGCCAGCCAGCCAGGAAUGGGAGAAGCAGGGGCCUUCGGCGGGGACAGCUUCCUGCCAGCCAACGGCCUCACAGUGGCCCAGAACCAGGUGCUGAGUUUGAUUAAGGCUUGCCCAAGACCCGAAGGGUUGAACUUUCAGGAUCUCAAGAGCCAGCUCCGACACAUGUCUGUGGCCUCCAUCAAGCAAGCUGUGGAUUUUCUUAGCAACGAAGGACACAUCUAUUCCACGGUGGAUGACGAUCAUUUUAAAUCCACAGACGCCGAGUAGCUCGGCCUGUUGGGUCCACAGAGCUCCCUGCCCGACCUGCCUUAUGCUCUGCGCUGUGCGUGUUUGGCCAGUUGGCGUCUCGGAAGCAGGCUUCUGCCGGGAAGGGUCUCAGCUGGCUGCUGCUUAAAACUCACUGCCUGUCUGUUCACAUCGCAGCCAGAUGGGCACUUGACAGGGAUGGGGGUGUUCCCGAGUUACACAGAAGCAGUUACAGCCCCGGGAGACGGGCUGGACAGCCCGAGGGUGCCCAAGGCUGGCCAGACGAGCCGGCAGGUGGGCUGCAGCCACAGAGCGGGUGGUCGCCGCCUGCCUUGGUUGCCAUCGGAGACGUGGCCACUUUUAGGAGUGCACUUCCCUUGACAUGGCCGCUGCCACAGCCCGUCUGUGGACGGGGUUGAGUGGUGGCCUGGCAGCGGAGGACAGCUGUUAACUGUGUCGCGUCUAAUAAAGCAGCACUGUCCCAG